AUGGCUUCUCUAAUUUACUCACUCCUGCUCUCUUCAAUUUUAUUCACAUUAUCUAGCUAUGCCGCCUCCGAUAACGGCGGCUUCACCCUCGAUCUCCUCCACCGCGAUCCUCCCUCCGGCGAGGCCCGCUUCCGCAGCAUCAGGAGCGCAAUCGACCGCUCCUUCUCCCGCAAAUCCUACCUCCUCUCGAAGCUCAACAAAGGCAUCGAAUCCGUCGAUGCCACGAUCACCGGCGCCAACGGCGAAUACGUGAUGAAGUUCCUGAUCGGAACUCCGCCGGUGGAGCAGCUCGGGAUCGCCGACACCGGCAGCGAUCUCCUGUGGACGCAGUGCCUGCCGUGCACGCAGUGCUACAAGCAGGACUCUCCGCUGUUCAACCCUUCCAAAUCGAGGACCUUCCGCCCGAUCUCCUGCCAGUCCGACCUCUGCCAGGCCGCCGGCAGCGCCUCCUGCGACGACGGCAACCACUGCCAGUACCAGGUCUCGUACGGCGACAGGUCGCACACCGCCGGCGACGUCGGGACCGAAACCAUAAGUUUUGGCGGGAAAAUCAAUUUCCCCAAGGUCGCCUUCGGGUGCGGCCACGACAACGACGGGACGUUCAGCCAGGCCGGGUCGGGGAUCGUCGGCCUCGGCGGCGGAGCCGUCUCCAUCGUCAACCAGCUCCGCUCCACCACCGGCGGCCGAUUCUCCUACUGCCUGACGCUGCUCAACGCCAACGCCUCCAGCAAAAUCAGCUUCGGCAGCGACGCGGUUGUUUCCGGAUCUGAUGUCAUCUCCACUCCACUUGUGAAGAAAUCUCCGGAUACCUUCUACUAUCUGACAUUGGAAGGAUUCAGCGUCGGAGACAAGAGAACGGAGAUUGGCUCCUCCAAAGCUGGAUUUGGGGGAUCGGUGGAGGAAGGGAACAUCAUCAUCGAUUCAGGGACGACGCUGACGUUCGUGCCGCAGGAGUUCUACGAUGGAGUGGAGGCCGCCUUGGUGGAGGCGAUCGAUGCGCAGAGGACUAGCGAUCCGCAGGGGACUUUCGGUCUUUGCUACCGAGUCUCGGGCGGGCAGGGGAUCGAGUCGCCUCCUCUGACGGUGCAUUUCACGGGGGCGGAUGUGGUGGUGGAGGCGGUGAGCUUGUUUGUGGAGGUGUCGGAAGGGUUGGUUUGUUUGACGCUGGUGCCGUCGCAGGAGUUGGCGAUUUAUGGGAAUCUGUUUCAGAUGAAUUAUCACGUUGGGUAUGAUUUGGUGAAGGGUGAAGUUAGCUUCCAGAAGACAGAUUGCGCGGCUCAGGAGGAGUGAGGUUUAUGAAUGAAUUAUGGGGGGUUUAUACAACGUUGAUAUCAAAAAAAUAAGCUGGUUUAAUUAUUGUAUUUAAUUUCUUUUUAUGUUGUUUCGUAUGUCUAAGGUUGUUUCUAGGGUUAUGUAAUCAUC